CCAACUUACAUCACUUAUCUUUGCUACAUCGUCUAUGCUAAUUCCCAUUUCUUAUACUUCCUCUUUAACGGUUUUAACUGUCAAUCAAAUAAAUUAUUUAUAAAUUCUGAUCAUACUAUGAAUAUUUUCUCUGCUCCUGCUACACUCAAUUUACGACCACUGUCUUCAUCAUUCUUACCCACUUCCAACAAUCAAAGGCAGAGCUUGUUUUCAAAUGUCAAAAACAGAUGGAAGCAUUCCAUGUUUAUCAGUGCAAGACCUGUCCUGAAAGAUGGAAAUCUCCGCAUAAAUGGCAAAGAUGUUUUGGCAGGUGUACCUGAUAAUGUGCUCGUCACUCCAUACAACAACACAUCAGCAUUUGUGGGCGCUACUUCCUCAGAGAACCGUGCACGACAUGUUUUCAAGCUUGGAAUCAUUCAGGAUGUCAGAUUGCUAUGUAUAUUUAGAUUUAAAAUUUGGUGGAUGAUACCGCGAAUGGGGAAUUCAGGAAGUGACAUUCCUGUUGAGACUCAGAUGCUACUUCUUGAAGCAAGGAAAGAACCGUCUUCUGAUGUAUCCGAUGAUACUACUUCUUAUAUCCUUUUCUUGCCUGUGCUAGAUGGUGAAUUUAGAAGCAGCCUGCAGGGGAACCCAUUUGAUGAACUUGAGCUUUGUGUUGAGAGUGGUGACCCAGCAAUAGUUACCUCAAAAUCCCUCCAAGCAGUUUUUGUUAAUUUUGGAGACCAUCCAUUUGAUUUGGUGAAGGAAUCUAUGAAGAUAUUGGAAAAGUACUUUGGAACAUUUUCAUAUCGGGAAACAAAACAGACGCCUGGAAUCUUAGAUUGGUUUGGUUGGUGCACCUGGGAUGCUUUUUAUACAGAAGUGAAUCCUAAAGGAAUUAAAGAUGGCCUAAAGAGUUUAUCAAAGGGAGGCACUCCCGCGAAGUUUUUGAUUAUAGAUGAUGGAUGGCAAGAUACCUUUAAUGAGUUCCAAAAAGAAGGGGAGCCCAUUGUUGAAGGGUCACAGUUUGGUGGUAGAUUAGUCAGCAUCAAAGAAAACACCAAGUUCCAAAGUGAGGCAAGUGGUUUAAAGGAUUUUGUUCUGGAUAUUAAAAAGACUUUUGGCCUCAAGUACGUCUAUGUGUGGCAUGCUCUGAUGGGAUACUGGGGAGGCCUAGGUCCAAAUGCUGCAGGGACUAAAGAGUAUAAUCCGAAGUUGAAAUACCCUAUGCAGUCACCUGGGAAUUUAUCAAAUAUGAGGGAUGAAGCCAUGGAUUCCAUGGAGAUGUAUGGAGUUGGUACAAUUGAUCCAUCUAAAGCAUCUCAGUUUUAUAAUGAUCUACACAAGUAUCUUGUUUCGCAGGGGGUGGAUGGUGUUAAAGUUGAUGUUCAGAACAUUCUUGAAACCAUUAGCACUGGUUUAGGAGGUAGAGUCACACUUACUAGACAGUUCCAACAAGCACUUGAAGAGUCUAUAGCCACCAACUUCCAGGACAAUAGCAUCAUCUGCUGCAUGGGCCAGAGCACUGACUCCAUUUACCAUUCAAAACAAUGUGCUGUUACACGAGCGUCUGAUGACUACUACCCGAAAAAUCCAACAACACAGACCCUGCACAUAGCUGCUGUGGCUUUUAACAGCAUAUUUCUUGGUGAAGUUUUUGUCCCAGAUUGGGACAUGUUCUAUAGCCUCCAUUAUGCAGCUGAGUUUCAUGCUGUUGCUAGAGCUGUGGGAGGUUGUGGAGUCUAUGUAAGUGAUAAACCUGGCAAGCAUGACUUCAAUAUACUUAAAAGGCUUGUCCUCCCUGAUGGGUCAAUCCUUAGAGCAAAGUACCCUGGAAGGCCAUCACGCGAUUGUUUAUUCAGUGAUCCAGUAAUGGAUGGGAAGAGUCUCCUCAAAAUUUGGAAUUUGAAUGCGUGUACUGGAGUCAUUGGCGUCUUCAACUGCCAAGGAGGCAUUUGGCAUUGUAUGGAAAAAACAGAUGAGACAAAUAUAGUCUCAGAGAUCUCUGGGCAGGUCUCUCCUAUUGAUAUUGAGUACUUUGAACAAGUUUCUGGGAAGCACUGGACUGGAGAUUGUGCUGUUUUUUCCUUCAGCUCAGGAAGUCUAAUUCGAUUACCGCAUCAAAAAUCCUUGGAUGUGACAAUCAAAGUAAUGCAAUGUGAUGUGUUGACUGUGUCUCCAAUAAAGGUUUACAAUCAAGGGAUUGAACUUGCUCCAAUUGGGCUGAUGGACAUGUACAAUUCUGGUGGAGCAGUGGAGUCAGUUGAGAUGAUUAGUGAUUCAUCAUCAUCAUCAACUAGCUGUAGAAUAGAGAUCAAAGGAAGAGGGGUAGGGAGGUUUGGAGCAUACUCCAGUAGAAAGCCAACUUCAUGCUCUGUAAAUUCCAAAAAUGAGGAAUUCAAAUUCAGUGAUGAAGACAAUCUUUUGACAAUAACAAUUCCCUCAAGCAAUUGUUGGGAUAUUGUUGUGUCGUUUGGAGUACUGCGUUAACAGUAUGAUUUGUACCGUAUAUGCAAUUAGGAUUUGAUUUAUAACUGAUGCAUAGUUUGGCUUAAGAAUAGUAUGGUAGUUAAUAGGAGACUUUGUAUUUAUUUA